AUGGCCGACGUCGACAUGGACGACCUACCCCAGACGCCCCGCUCCGUCGCCGGCGACGACCCCGACCUCUCCAUGUUCUCCGGCGAGCCCGACCUCGCGGCGGCCAUCCUCGCCCGCCUCGGCCGCUCGCAGCGGGAGGACGACCAGCACCUCUGCGCCACCGCCGCCGCCAUGGCGCAGGCCGUCAGGGACCAGCGCAACGUCGCGGGCGCGCUCCUCGCGUUCCUCUCCGCGGCCGUGCCUGCGCUCCCGCUCGCCGUGGUGCGCGCCCGCGGCCGCCAGGUCGCCGACGAUGUGGCCCGCGUGCUCGAGUUCCCUUCCACGCCCGACUCCGGCGUCAGGGCGGGGCUGAGGUGCCUCGCGCACUUGAUAUCUGCGGGAGACAAGUCCAGCUGGGAGGCACUGGAGCCGCUCUACGCCGUGGUACUACGGCUCGCCACCGAUCAACGCCUCAAGGUGAGGAGGCAAUCUCAUUCGAGCUUGCGAGAUAUUCUCCUGAGUUUUCAGAGGCAACCUGUUUUGGUCCCGGCGAGCCAAGCAAUCGCAAGAGCUUUCGAACGAUUUAUGCUGCUUGCUGGAGGAUCCAAUAACGGUUCAGCAGCAGAAGGACCUAAGGGGGCUAAUGAGAUCAUCUGCAUUUUAGAUGCUCUCAAGGGCUGCCUUCAUCUCAUGACAUCCAAGCCUUCCAAUGACAUCUUAAAGUACUUCAAAGUACUCUUGAAUGUGCAUCAGCCAAUUUUGACGAGGAGUAUAUUGGAGAUUCUGCAUGCUGUUGGUGACAGUCCAACUCUACAGCUUAAACCUGAUGUGCUACUGGAUCUUAUCUGCUCUUUGGGGUUAUCAGUCUCCACAGAAAGAAAAUCAGGAGAUGAGCUGGCUUCAAUUGCACGGCUUCUAAAUGUUGGCACCAGAAAAGUAUAUAGCCAGAAUAAGAACAUAUUUGUUGUAAAGCUGCCACUAAUAUUUACUUCGCUCGGAGAUAUAUUGGCAAGUGAAUUUGAAGAAGCAAGAUUUUGUGUUGUGGAGACUUUCAAAGGAUUAAUAGAUAAUUGCAUUGAUGAAAACUUGGUGUCUCAGGGAAUCACCCAGAUUAAGGCUAGGCAUCAAGGAAUGAGAUCUGAUCCCACUGUCAUAGAGAAGAUAUGUGCCAUCCUAGGGGGCUUGCUAGAUGUCCGUUAUACUGAUGUCUGGGACAAAUCAUUUCAUGUAAUUUCAGUGGCAUUUGACAAGUUAGGAGAAUCUUCAUAUGAUUUAUUGCCAGAAGCACUUAAGAACCUGGCAGAUAUGCAAAACUUGUCAGAUGAUGACUUUUCGUUCCGGAAGCAGCUCAAUGCAUGUAUUGGUUCAGCAGUUGCUGCAAUGGGACCAAAGAAUGCUCUUGAUAUUCUACACAUUCAGUCAAUAUGUGCUGAAAAUGAAUGGAUUCUCCCUAUUUUAGAAAGGCACAUUGUUGGUGCUAGUUUACAGUUUUUCUUGAGAGAUAUUCUGGGCAUUGUUAGAGCUGUAGAGAAGAGUAUUCCCAAGCUUCUGAAAGACGAUAAGCUUUUCUCUGCCAAGAGAGCAGAGGGUUAUGUGUAUUCACUUUGGUCUUUGUUACCAUCUUGUUGCAACUAUCCAUGUGAUACUUCAAACACCUUCAAAGUUCUUCAGAAUGUUAUAUGCGACACUCUAAAAAAUCAGCCCGACUUGCGUGGCAUCAUUUGUUCCAGUAUUCAGAUAUUAAUUAAACAAAACAAGGAAGCUUUGUCAAUCACUAGUGAAGAGGACAUUCUUGUCGAGGAUGAAGUAAGCAAAUCUGAAAGAAGAGCAAAGAAUCGCUAUACUAAAGAUUUUGCAGAGGAAAAUUUGAAAGAAAUACGUGCUUUCUCUAAAGAAUUCUUGGACAUAUUGUGUUCUAUAUUCUUGUCAUCCUCAAAGGAUGCCAUUGGAUUCUUACAGCCCGCGAUAAGUGAGAUUGCAUCCAUAUCAGACAAAGACGAAGUGGGCAACCUCUUCCUUGAUACAAUAAAGAAGUUGCUGGCUGCCACAAAAGCUGUUAAUGCACAGCAAGUGGAUGACUCUUCAAUGGAGAUUGAAGAUAAUUCCAAUACAAACAGCAUGAUGAGGGCUCUCCUUUUGGACUUUGCAGCUUCAUUAAUGCCUGGAUUAGCUCCAAAGUCAAUUAAUGUGCUAUUCAGCUAUGUAAAACCUGCAAUUAAGGAUAGUGACUCAAUGAACCAAAAGAGAGCAUACAAGGUUCUAUCAAUGUUACUUAAGGAUGCUGAAUUUAUUGAAAGAAACUUAGAUGUCCUGUUGGAAUUGAUGAUUUCAUCGUUGCCAUGUCAGUUUCCAUCGAAACGGUACAGGCUUGAGUGCCUGCAUCACCUUAUUGUUCACAUUUUCAAGGAUCCAUCUAAUAAGCUUAGAAAGAGGGAAAUUGUUAGUUCAUUCCUCACUGAAAUACUUCUUGACUUAAAGGAGGCUAACAAAAAAACCAGAAACAGAGCUUAUGAUUUGAUUAUCGAAAUUGGCCAUGCUUGUGAAGAUGCGGAAAAUGAUGGGAGGAAGGCCAACCUGCACCAGUUCUUUGACAUGGUAGCUGGCGGUCUGGCUAGUCAAACCCCACAUGCUAUUAGUGCCGCUGUGACUGGGUUAGCUCGCUUGACCUAUGAGUUCUCAGACCUUAUUGGAGUAGCAUACAAGCUCCUCCCGUCGACUUUUCUCCUUAUGAAGAGGAACAACCAUGAACUUGUCAAAGCCAACUUAGGCUUUAUCAAAGCGCUAGUGGCUAAAUCUAAAGCUGACGUGUUGGACGAGCACUUGAAGGGAGUCGUUGAAGGUUUGUUGAGCUGGCAAAGUGAUAAGAAGAAUUCCUUAAAAGCAAAGGUCAAGUCACUUGUGGAAAUUCUUGUGAAAAAAUGUGGUUUAGAUGCGGUGAAGGCUGUGAUGCCUGAAGAACAUAUGAAACUGCUCACCAAUAUCAGGAAGAUUAAUGAGCGGAAAAUGCGGAAAGGAAAAUCUUCUGAGGAUGGGGAAGCCAUGUCUGUGGCAUCAGGAGCCACAAGGCGCAGUGGAUGGAAUCACACACAAAUGUUUUCUGAUUUUGGAAGUGAUGAUGAGUACUCGAAUGGUUCAUUUCCCAACCAGCAUACUGUCGUUUCUCGUAAUGGAUCAAAAGCUUCAACACGCUCAAACAGAAAACGCCAAGAUAGGAACUUACAGGAAAAGUUCAUUGAUCACUCAACUGGCGAGCCCCUAGAUUUACUUGACCAGAAGACAAUGCGGUUAGCUCUGAAAUCGACAGGGAAAAAGAGGGCUGCACCCGAUGACGACGACGAUGAGAUUGAGUUGGACCCUGAAGGUCGUAUGAUCAUACGCGAGGAACGAGAAUAUCGCAAAAAGAAGCCCAUUUCGCGUGACGAGGAGGCCGAUGACAAGAGCUCCGUUCGAAGCCAGUCGGUGAAAAGGAGAAAGGUGGCCAGCGCUGGUUGGUCCUACACUGGUCACGAGUACACCAGCAAGAAGGCUGGUGGUGAUCUUAAGAAGAAAGACAAGAUGGAACCGUAUGCUUACUGGCCACUGGAUCGGAAGCUGCUCAACCGCAGGUCGGAUCGCAAGGCCUCCGCACGCAAGGGCAUGUCCAGUGUCAUGAAGAUGGCGAAAAGGUUUGAGGGGAAGAGUGCUUCCGGUGCCCUCACAGCUAGGAGGACGCAGAAACACAAGCACAAAAAGAACAAAUAAGAGACCCGCGAGAGAAGAUGCAGGAAAAUUUUGUGAGUGUACAGCGUGAGGAUUUAACACUAGUUGCGCCUGUACCGGCGUAUUUAUAGUGCUGCAAUUUCUCUUAUUGUUUUUCUAAGGCAAAUUUUGACCCUUUGGUGUACGCAAGAUGCUAUUUUCUGGAGUUCUACACUUUUUUUUGGUAGGGACAACAAUUCACCUGUAGUGGUGUGUAAUGAUCUAAACCAUUGGGUUUAAUCUUCAUGAGGUUAUGGUUUUGCUUUU